AUGAAUAUCAUCAAAUUUCUGCUCGCGGCUGUUUUGGUGUCGGUCUCCAUGGCCCACCAUGUAAUCACUCACUUCUUGGUGGACAAUGUCCGCCAGGACAACGUCAUUCGUCAGCCGGGGACGUUAAACCCGAUUUCGAACCCUAACAACAGGCAUCUUGCUUGUGGCUUCCCCGUCGGCAACGGACAAGGUAUUAAGGGUACGGACAAGGCGUCCGUUCAGCCCGGAUCAAAAAUUACGUUUGAAUGGCACACCAAUUGGAGUGCCUCCGUCUCUGGCCCCGAAGGGGUAACUGAUGUCUCUCACAAAGGUCCCUGCGCAAUCUACAUGCGCAAAGUCUCUGACUCGGUCACGGCCAUCGCUGAGGACCCCCGUAAGCCCAAUUGGUUCAAAAUUUGGGAGGACGGGGUUGAUGAAGAUGGCGUCUUUUGCACCUCGAAGAUGAGGCUCAAUGGUGGAUUCUUUACCGGUAUUAUUCCUAAGCACCUGGAGAAUGGGGAUUACCUCAUUCGUGCCGAGACCAUUACUUUGAAUAACGCCGCGGAACCGCAUUGGGAGCCUCAGUGGUAUGUUGGUUGUGCUCAGGUAACAAUGAAAAACUCUGAGGCACCGUUCAUUAAGCCAGUCACCGUUCCAAUCCCGAGCGGCGACUACGCAAACAUGAAUAUGCCUGGUCUCCGUUACAACAUCUGGUAUCCUGAGCGCAAUAACUACUCGGACUAUGGCCCAGUUCCAGGACCGGCUGUUUUCAAUGACGGCAGUGAUAAAGCCAAGCAUCCAAUCAAAGCUCCACAGAAGGUCCCAACACUCCCAGAUGGUUUCGCCACCAUCCCUUGGCCUACCUCAACGGAGACUACCCGUUUCGUCACACAAACACUAACAGUCGAUGUCCCCACGACAACGACCUCCACCUACUGGAUUACAUCCUUCCUCCCCCCGGAAUCCGAAACCCAUCACACCCGGGUCUUGACUCGCACUGUCACCAAGCAGGUCGUCCAAACAGUCUAUGUCACCGGCGCUCCCAAGCCAUCAACAAUGCAUCCCCGUAUCCCACACAGACGCACAAAAACAGUCACGGUCACCCAUAUUGUUACAGUUACCCACUUCUUUACCGGCGAACGACCAACACCUACCGAUUUCACGAACACAGUUGAUUUGAUUAAUGCUACUCCCACCUUUACUACCCCUACAAAAUCUCCCAAUAACUAUGGGCCUAUGUUUAGCGGCCGAGGGUAUCAUUACCGACGUUGGCAUUAUCGUCGUGCUCGCGGGCGACGAGCCUAG